AAGUUAUCCGGGAAAAAAGAAAAUGGCGACGGCUAGUUCGCUGGUUAAAUGUUAUUGAGUCGUCUUUUAGCCUACACCUUGGGGUAACAGAAUCAUUUUAAAGAACAUGUUCAGUGCAGAGGAGCUGGAUGUAAAGACUACCCAGAUCAAAGCCCAAGGACUGCUCUCUGAACCUUCAAAUCAGGAGGAGGAAGAAGUAGAGAGAAUUGAAAGAGCGACUUGUUCUUAUUCAUAUGAAUCUGAACGGUUUUUAUUGAAGGAGAGGAGCUUUUCAAGGCAGUAUGCUCAGAUUUAUGCAGUACGUAUUAUGGCAAUGAGGAAGAAGUUGGCUGCAGCCGCCAGGAGAAAAUGGGGUUUGUGUAAUAUUCUCUUUGUAUCAUAUAUAAAAUAUUUAAGCCUUCAUUGUUUUAAUCAUUAAUCAUAUAAAAUGACCAGACUGUCACAUCGAUUGCGUUGAGCAGAGAAGGUUGUAUUUAAUUUAAGAUGAUCUUGUUUUUCACGGUUGCUGCUUACAAGCUGCAGUACUUAGCCGCAGCUGAUGUACAAAAGGGUUAAUUUUUCGCUUUCAGGUUGGUUGGGGGGGGGGAGGCGAGGGGAGGGGGGUAGUGGGAUACCAAUACUGGGACCCGAUUUCUUUGUCCUGAAAUACCAAACUGCAAAGUCACUGGAACCUUAUACCAAAAUUUAUAUUCUAACACAGAAUACAGCAGUGUAUACCUGCAAAUUUGGUAACAAAGUACAAUUCAUUUGAACUUCCAUGUGCAACCACCUCUUGUAAACAACUGCCCUCCAUAAGCGACCAUCUAUCCAAAACACUUAAGUUUUCCCAGUCAAAGCCUUACAGCUAUAACCUCUCAGAAACAACCACCUUCUGUAAGUGCCCACGACCACAUAUCAUGGCUGACAUUUCUAUGAUAAUAUUUUUCUCUGUUUUCCACCUCUUGUAAGCAACCACUUGACACAUGGUCUGUUCUCUAUGUUCGCUGUAUGCGCUAUGUCACGUAGUAAAUAAGAAGAACUUUAAGCAAUAACAUGGAACUACACAUAUUGCAACUUAGUAAUUGCAUGUAAUAAAGAUGUGUCUGGACCUUUUCUUGAAAGAGAUGCCCUGUGGUUCAAUUCUUGUAAAUGACCACUUCCUGUAAGUGCCCUUAUGAGAGGUUCAACUGUAUAAUUAUACUCAAUGGCUCUGUGUGGCUAAGGGUGAAAAGUUUGAUUUCCAUUUUAUGCAAUCCAAUUUAGGUAACAGGUUUGAAAUAAAGAAGAAACUGGCUGAGGUCAAGGGAAAUGAGAAAUGUGUCCUGAUAGGAACUCUGUUCAAGAAAAUGGAACUCAAGCCUUGUAUAUUAAAGGAGAUAAGCGAAGAGGUGCCCAUUUUAAAGAAGUGCUAUGUUUAAGCAGUACAUAAUGACUGAUUUUAAAAUGAGAUAGUCUGAAAAAUAUUGGAUGAAAGUGUUGGUAUUGGCUCUGUGCCUUUGUUUGUCAUAUGCUACAUACACUUUCCACAUUGUUUCAAGAUCAGGUUUCAGAGUUUGUCUGCAUUUAAACUGGUGGACAACUGCUUUUCAACUAUUUUUUUUGCUGCCUUACCAAAAUUUUGCCUGUCCUGUUUGAAAAAGCAAAAUACACAAUGAAGUGGAAAUAAAAAUGUAAUAAAAAUGUAUUAUUUGUCCUUGCAGAAUAUCUUUUAAUCCAUUGCAGCAAAUUUAAUACAGGAAAAUUAUUUUCCUGCCUCAGCAGAACUUUUUUUCUACUCCAUAUGUGCUAUCAUACUUUAUUACAACACCAACUGAAUGGUUUUGACAAACUUUCUUAGAAGACAGACAUAUGAUAAGCAUAAAAACAACAUUGUCACAAAUGGAUGGUUGCUCUUUCUUGGCAAACUCCUUCCCGGGUUCCUGUCCUACUCGUCCUCCAGGGGACAAGUUGGAUAAGGCUCUAGGAAUGAGAUUGCUUUCUCGGGAUUGUUUUGCAAUAGUGGUGCUUUGCCAGAAGAGCAGAAAAAUUGAUUAAUACACAAGUCAUGUUUAGGGACUGGGAGAUCUUUCUACAUAGUGGCAAUGGAAGGAUAUCAGUGAACAUGGUUUGCUUAUCAUACAUGUGAAAAUGGACAAGUUUUGCAUUUAAUGUUCUCUUUAUUCUCUUUGUAGGGAGUUUCAAUAUAUAUUCACUGCUAUUUAAAACAGGUUAUCACUGAUGUACACCCUAAGCACUAGGAUAUCCCCUGUACAAUUGGAAGAUAGUUCCCCAGUAAAAAGGCAGCUGGGCUGAAAAUGUUCCUUUUUCUUGAAAAAUAUCACCUGCCCCAGGAAAUCAGAUUCACCCUAAAAUGACUUGUUAUUUUCAAUAAUUUAAGUGUAUUUCAUGGUUCUUAACAGCAUAACCUGAUGCCUCAACCAUCAAGAGUAAAAUAUGCAGAUGACAGUGAUGAACUUGUUAUUGAGGAUGAAUCAGAGAGGGUGGCUCUUACUGGUAACAUUCCAGUCGGGACAUCAGUAACAGGUGACUCAACUUAAAAUAAUUCAAAAUCUAAUCCCCCUGUUAAUGAUAUCAAUACGUGAUUUGCUGACACAAUUUUGUAAUUUUGUAAGUUCAAUGGUUUACAUUACAUUCAUUUUGUGUGUUUUGUGGAAAGGAAAGAAACCUGGGGUUUAGGCCCCAUGGAUUAGUGCCACCCUUUGGAACCCUACAAUGAAGGUUUAAAGCAUAUAAAGGCUGUAUAUUGAAAUAGUCAUGUAAUUAUUAUCGUGAAAAUGAUGGGGUGAUUUAUAGGUAAAACUAGGCUCAUCGAUGUGGUAAUUUUGUCCUUGUUACAUGUGACAAUGAGUUUGCAAUCCUAGCAACAAAGGAGAAAAACAUUUGAAGCAAGAUUUAAAAUGAAUCACAGCAUUUUAUGGAAUGAUCAGCAAUGAAAGAGGGUGAAAUUAAAACCUCCAUGACUUUCUCUUCCAGUUUGUUCUUACAGUAUUGUAAUUUUCCUUUGACUGUUCUUUUUUGUCGUCUUUAGGAACUAUAGUAGCUCUCUGUGGCCAUACAACUGAAAGUGGCAAAUUCCAUGUUGAUGAGUACUGCUUUAGUGGUCUUCCAUACCAAACUUCACCCAACCUUGAUCAGUGUUUAACCAAGGGUGAAGACAGGUGAAAUGACAUCAGUCACGUCACUGUGAUAUUGAUUAAUGUGAUGUUUCUCAUUCAGCCAGUCUUCUUCAAGUUGUUUUUGCAUGAAAAAAAAUUAGAAAAGUAGACAAGACACCCAAGACACUUUUUCCUUAGUGGAUGAAAGAUAGGCACUACUGACUAUUACUGGUGGCGGUGUGUAGGCAAUGGUCACUCCCAGUGAUCUGUUAUGUCCCUAGUAGUGUGGUCCAGGGUGGUUUCACAUCCCACAAGAUUCAGAUCUGUGAUGUGUUUGAGACUGGGUGUGCAGUUUUUUAUCCCUUACCAAGAAGUCUAAAAAUUGAGAGAUGUUUGCGCGAUGGCACAAGGGGGGGGGGGGGGGGGGAUCCAGCGAUUUUCAUUGGAGGGGUGCAUACUUGUGCUCUCCCUUAGAAUUUAAUUUUACAGCUUGUUUACAGAUUAUCAUUGCCACCUGUCACUAGCAGAGCUAUCUAACAUGCAAGCCUUCAAUGCCAGUGCUUUCAGUAUGUAAAUUCUAUAAAUGUUUGUAGUCUGAUGAGUGCAUUUAGGGGUUCUGGGUCCUCCUGUUGGAACGGUCACUUUGGCAAUACAAUCUUCUCAGUUAUUCUAAGAUCCUAAGUAUUGGUCCAGCCAGAAAUCAGGUCUGGGCAUACCACUCCAAAAGAUAGGCACCUGAGCUAACUAAUUUUUCUCAUCAUUUGUCAGGUAUGUGGCACUCAUAUCUGGUCUUGGCUUUGGCUCUGAAAGCCAGGAUAUGCUCAGCCUACAGAUGUUCUCUGAUCUGGUGACAGGAGAGCUUGGGAGUGUUCAGGUAAGAUUCUUCUGUUUUACCUAAUUUUGCUAACACUUGCCCAGUCCAGGCCCAAGUUGUUUAAAAGGUGGAUAGCGCAGUAAUUAGUUAUGGUAACUUUUAUCCACUGAUUAUAGCUUUUAUUAGUGAUAAAUAGCACCAGUUCAUAGCAAUAGUAAUUCCUACAAAUUGUUACUGAAAGUGUUACUCAAUCAACUACGGAGCAUCUGUACCCUAGUUGUGCUGAAUAUCUUAUUGACUGUGUAAAACAGGGAAUAUUGUACUAGUCUGUACUCAUUCCCCUCAUCAAAGGAGUUUCAUACUGUAUUUUAUCCUUUUCGAAAAAUAAAAGCCCAACAACAAAAAUUAUCUUUCUAAUAGUCUAACACUAAUAUUACUGCAACUUCCAGAAGGUGUUUAAAAGUAAUGCCACUUUGCUUUAAAUAGCCUCAGUUGGUCACAUAUUUUCAGUAACCGUCUCCAAUGAAAACAGUAAGUCUGUGCAAAAAAUUUUCUGUUUUAUUAAAAGCUUAAAAAGUCGGACCACCUUGCCUUUUUUGAGGACUUUUAAAGAAAGCCCACGUUUUAAUAUUCUUGAGUAAUAUUUAACAGGCUCUUUUUCACAGUAGCAGCUUCCUUUGUACUCUAGUUUGGCAUGUUUCCUCACCAUGAUUUGUGUUUUAGGAUCAAGAGUCAUGUGCCAAAAUAAGCCAUGUCAUCAUUGCUGGUAAUUCUUUGAGCCAGUGUACUCAAACAAAAGAGAGUGAAACUAAGGUAACAAAAAAAAAUUCCUUUUCUUUUUGCUGGCAGUAGUUAUCAGUAUUUAGCACUUCUAGUGAUUAGAUGGAUCAGUACCUGGUACUGAUGAUCCCCCUUUCUCAUUUGAGGCUUCUGUGCAUCUUCAAGUUUUCCUGCAUCCUGUGUUCUUCUAUUCCAACACAUUCUAAAAAUCAGAAUCCUGGUUCAUUUGCACAAAAUAUUCACUAGGGAGAUAACAGUCUGGAUCUGACAGUCGCCAACCAUACCUGUCAUUGACUGUUGGAAUGGGUUGGUGAGCAUCUUGCAUGGGACCCAUUCCAUCCCCACUGCGUGAAAGGCUCCAUGCAAAAACACCUCCUAGCCUAGUCAUCUCCUUUGUUUCUUUUCGUGGAGCCAAAAACUACUAAUGUAUAUCUAAGAGUUUGCUUCUACCCCAAUUUGGAAAAAGCUGUUUGAAACAACUCGAAAAUUAAAUGAGCUUGGUUUUCAUAAACCACAAUGCUUUGCUUGAUAAUUGUGUGUAAAUAGCAAUAGAUGAUGAUGAUGAGGAUGAUGAGGAUGAUGAGGAUCAGCAUCGUCUUCAUCAUCAUUACAUUAUCAUCAUCAUCAUUAUCAUUAAGGACAAAUUAUAAAAAAGAGUGAAUAAUUUUACCAUUUGUAUCACCUACGAAUUGUUUUGACCACCUCCUGUUGGCUGAUGUCUUAUGUCAUUUCAUUAAUGUGUUAGGUCAGUUACUGAACUUCUUUUGCCUGAUCAAUGGCUUUAACAGCAAGGUAUAUGCAUGUGUAUCAGACUUUUUUGCGUCAUGACUGAAAAAAAAAAACGAGAUAAUUAUACAAAUGUGUAGUGCUUGUUUCAUUUUGUAAGUGAAACUUAAACUUAAGAUGUUAGCAAGUGGGGGAGUCAGCAAAAUGAUGCGUAGGGAAACAAGCAGUCACUGACAAAUUGACUUUCACAAUAUAAGCUGCAUAUGAGCCCUGCCAUCCACAAAUUAUGGUCACUGAUAACAGUAAUCUCUUUUAAACUCCCUAAUGAUCUUUUUAUGACAGGCAAAAUAUUUAACAAGAAACACAGUGGCAGGAAGUGUAGAGGCUAUUAAGAGUCUGGAUGACUUUGUUCUACAAUUAGCAGUAAGUGACUGAUCAUCUUUCCAUAAAGUCCAAACAAAACAUCUUACGUGAAUGCACAAUAUCAAAAAAAUGAGGCACUAGACACGAGGAAAACAAUAAUUACUGAGAAAUUUAUGCAAGACAAUAAUAUUGAAGGUCUUGGUGAAAAAAGGGCUCUGUUAUGACUUUUCUGGAAAUAAAAAGUUGCUCAAAAAUGUCAGAGCCAACAUCAACAUUUCAAUAUUGACAGUUACCAGUACUGAUCCUUCCAGAAAAAGAAUGAAAAGUGAAUGACCACCCCCAGAAGCUCUAUUUGCCCUUCUAUAACCUGCAAGCAAGCUUAAGAACAUUUUUGUGUAAGAACAAAAUAUUUUUAUUAAUUUUCUAUUUCUUUAUUUCAAAUGCUAUUUCUGUACCUCAGAUGCAGUUACAAGUCAUACCCAGUCAUAUUGCAAAGUCUUGUUGCGGAAAGUAGUAUAAAGUAAUGGGAUCAAUGAUGGACGAAGAAGGAAAAAUCGUAAAUAACUCCAUGAUGUGUCUUAGCCAAUAGGGUGGGGGGUUAAAGAAUACCGAUUUAUCAAAUAAAUCUUAACCUUUGAAAACUGUAAUUUGUCCUAGAAAAAUCCUUGAAAAGUCCUUGAAAUUUGUUUGUCUGAAGUUGUACAAACCAUGGGUGUAUGGAAGGUCAUAGGUUCAAUUCCUGUCAUGAACUCAGAUUUUUUUCUUUGUCCCAUGCUCGUGACAUGUUGAUUACAUAAUUUUUCAUUUCUUCACUGAGCUUAAAAUUUACCAUCUUUCUUUAUUCAUCAAAACCCUGUUAAUGUUUGUUGUUUUCCUUUACAGGCAUGUGUUCCUGUAGAAAUAAUGCCAGGUGAAUUUGAUCCAGCAAAUCACACGAUGCCACAGCAGCCCCUCCAUCGCUGUAUGUUUCCUCAGGCAGCGGCUUAUUCUACUUUCCAAAGUGUCACCAACCCAUAUGAGGCUGUAAUUGGAGGUGUAAGGUACUAGCACGGAAAUUUACGUAAUGUCUUUUCAUAUAAGUUUAUCUAACCAGUCUUUAGUUAGCCUCGGACCAGGCUCCUAAAGUGGGGAAAAGGGAUAAAAAAAUUGACCAACAAAGCAAGACAAAUUGGAGUCUGAGGAGGGGAGAGGGUGGCUGCUGCACUUUCUCUCUCCCCAGUCCACCACUUGGCUCGCUUCUCUCACCAAUUGUUUUUUAUUUGUUUGUUUUUUUUUUCGUUUCACCCAAGUUUUUGCCUUUUUCCUUCACUAAGAGCCCAUUCUCAGGCUAGUUUUUUGUUUGAAACCAGAAAAAAAAAUUGAGUCAUUGCCAUGGUAACAUGGAUGAUUGAAAACAAGCCUAAAAUUUUGAAUUUAUUUAAUUUCCAAAAAAUCCAGUCAUUAGAUUUUCUUAUAAAUUUGCACAUAGCUUCCAUAGCUUUCAUGGAAGUUAAUGUUGAUUGUAUCACAAAACCCCGUUGUUCAAAAUUUGUUUCUGCCAAAUUUCGUCAAAUUUUGAAAGAGUAUGUAGGUUUUAAGAUAUUGUCAUUUAUUUACAAUGCUAAUAAAAGUCAAGAAAAAAAAGCGCCCUCACAUUGCUCCUUAAGUACCUAUGCUCAGCACUUGCGCAUCCAUUGAGGUAACUUGGUAUGUCAAAACGACAAAAACAAUAUUAAAUAGCACGUCGUCACCUUUUUUUCAUUAAAAGCUUAUUGGAUGUAUACCUCCUCAUGUUUAAGAUUAACAGUAAAAGUAUAAAUCAGAUCUGAUCAAAAUGUCUGGGGUGAUAGGCUUCUGAUGUCAAGAACCUAGUCGUAAUUUGAUAGGGAACUAACACUCCUCUGUUGAAUGUGGACAGUUUUUGCUCACCAAAACAAUUUUUUGAUUUUUUAAGCUGACAAAGUAUUCUUUGCUACUGAAAGGUUUUGUACACGUUCAAAAAGGAUGUUAAAGAAAUAUAAUUUUCAGUCUCCAUGAGUACUUUGAUUGACUUUGUUUUGAUUUUUGAUGUCAGGGUGCUUGGUACUGCAGGACAGAAUGUAAAUGACAUCUUCAAAGUGUCCACCUUUGAAGAUCGCUUGGAGAUUUUAGAGCACACUAUGAAAUGGAGUCACAUUGCGCCCACAGCGCCUGACACCUUAGGUAAAUUGUAUUGUAUUGGUCUAAGAACUCCAAACAAGUAAAAACGUUUUAAAAUCAGAUGGAAAAACUUCAUCUACUCUUUUUAGUGUCAGAGCAUUGAUCCUCAUCUUCACACUGCUCAGAGACAGGGAUUUGAAUGAGAAUUUUUGGAGGGGUGGUCGCACACAUGGAGCUUUGAAUUAAGUCUUUUAAACACCAAAGAUAGCCUUUGCACCUCAUUGUGACUAAAUACACCUUCAAGAAAUUCUCUUCCUCCCAGUCCAAAGUUGUUCAAUGAAAAAGGAAGGGAUUGCCGUUAGCCGGGACAAAAUAUUAUAAUGUUAGUGUCACAUGAUCAAAAUUCAUACUUGGUUCUAAGGCUGAUCAUGAGGGGCAUUUAAAACGAAAGAAAUGAAUUAUUUAUCCCUGAAUCUCAAUGCAAUUUCUUUUGUUUUAUGCCCCUCAGCUUUGGGGUCAAGUAGGAAUUUUAAUAACUCGAAACUGGUCUGUUGCUGGCCCUUAUUAGCACUUCUGCAGUGUAUCUGCCUUAAACAUGGCUAUCUGGUUUUGCUAACAAUUGCUAUUUCAAUUGUUCAGGUUGUUAUCCCUAUUAUGAAAAGGAUCCCUUCAUUCUGGACAAAUGCCCACAUGUGUGCUUUGUUGGAAAUCAGCCUAAGUACCAAAGUAAAACUAUUCAAGGUAAAGUCCCAUUGUCAGUGUUUCACUUUACUAAAAUACGAGCAGUUUAAUCAUAAACAUGGUUCUUAUGUUUGUAGGUUUAAAGGGCAACAGUUUGCUGCCUUGUUGCAGCCACUCUCCGACCUUAUUAGCCUCAUACGCAGAUGUUCUUAGGGCUUUGUCAAGCGUGAAUUUGUGACGAAGCCUUAAGCGCAGGGGAGGAAAGUGUGACGAAGUCCUAAAAAUUCUGAGGAGGCUACCCCUUUAUAGGAUGAAAAGAUCAUGAUGUUGAUAAAUUCCAUUCUUUGUUUUUUGCGUAGGGGAAAAUGGCCAGAAAAUACUGCUGAUAACAGUACCUACCUUUUCCAAUACAAAGACCUGUGUACUGUUGAAUCUGAGGACACUCACAUGCCAUCCAGUGAGCUUCUCUGCCUCACUGUCAACUCAACAAGACAACAGUACCAGUGAUGAAGAGAUGGAAUUGUGAAUAUCAGCCAAGAUUAAGAGUGUACAUUUCUAGUACAUGUAUAUUAUGUUAGCAUCAACACAAGAACACAAUAGGUCAUCAUUCUGACAUUGCUGCACUGGUAUCUACCUAUAACAGAUAAGCAGCAAUUAGAGAAGGAUUGUCCAGCUUGUACUUUCUUGCUGAAUGUGUUUCUGCACAAGCUAAUACUGCAGGAUAAAAAAAAAAUCAUGAC